AUGCCGUCCAUCCUUCGGGAACCCCUGGACCUGCUGGAGCUGGACUCCAGCAAUGCUACUAAGAAGUCCAAUACCGUGCUUCUGCUGGAACAGCAAGAGGAGAGUCAGACUGUUGUUUGUUUGGGUUUGGGAAAUUUGGAGGGUCGCGAGGGGCACCCGGAUCAGAUUCCCUACAUUCUUGUAUGGCGGAAUUUAGUGGAAAAUCCACCCCCUUGGUUGGCCCCCUUCCUAUCCUCAGGAACGUGUAAGGUCCUUGCCAUACGGCCUGCAGAUCCCCCAAAAUCAAGAACGCCAGCCGCGCCCUUGUAUCCCACAUUGCCCAAUAGUCAGGACCUACUAUCCCUAAACCCUCCACCCUAUCAUCCCCCUCCCCUCAUACCCCAGGCCCUGCCCGCAGCAGCCGCCCCACCAGUUGCCCCGCUAGUUGCCCCCCUAGGGGAACCGGGAGGAUGGGAAGCAGCAGCUGCGCAGGGCCCCAUUGAAAAUGAAACCAACCGCGAGAGGCCAGCCGUCCGAACCUGUGGACGCACCCAGUGUGAGCCAAACCCUCGCCUCCCCGACUCCACUGUGGCCCUACCCCUGCAGGAAAUAGGACCCCCAGAUGAAACAGGCAACCCCCGACUCCAGUAUUGGCCCUUUUCCACCAGUGACCUUUACAACUGGAAAACACAGAACGCUCAAUUCUCUGAUAACCCUAAAGACCUAAUAGCUCUUUUAGACAGUGUCAUGUUCACCCACCAGCCCACCUGGGACGACUGUCAGCAGCUCCUCCGCAUCCUGUUCACUACAGAGGAGCGAGAGAGGAUCCAAUUAGAAGCAAGAAAGCUGGUUCCCGGAGACGACGGUCAGCCGACAUCUAACCCUGACCUCAUUAAUGCGGCUCUCCCCCUAACCAGACCUCCACAGGACGAAUGGGACUACAACACAGCAGAAGGUAGGGGAAGGCUACUCAUUUAUCGCCAGACUCUGAUGGCGGGUCUCCGGGCUGCAGCUCGCAAGCCCACCAAUUUGGCUAAGGUAUAUUCGGUUGUACAGGGAAAGGCAGAGAGUCCAGCUGCUUACUUAGAGAGAUUAAUGGAAGCCUUUAGGCAGUUUACCCCCAUGGAUCCAGAAGUCCCUGAGAACCUGGCUGCUGUCAUUAUGUCCUUUGUAAAUUAAGCAGCUCCUGACAUUAAAAAAAAACUCCAAAGGCUAGAGGAUUUAGAAGGUAAACAGAUCCAGGAUCUGCUCCAUAUAGCACAACGGGUCUACAACAACAGGGAGGCCCCAGAAGAGAGACAGAUCAAGGCCACAGAGAAAAUGACUAAAGUCCUGGCCGCUAUAGUCCAGAAAGAACAGCCACCCCCAGAAGGCACUCAAACAACACGCCCUCCCAGGCGGCACUUAGAUAAAGAUCAAUGAGCCUAUUGUAAAGAAAAAGGCCAUUGGAUACAAGAAUGCCCCAAUAAGAAACAACCCCACCCCAGCCAAGGACAAUGGCAGCCUAAAAUAGCCCCCAUACUGUUUACCCAAGAUACAGAAUAGGGAGGACGGGGUUCGGAUCCCCUCCCCAAACCUAGGGUAACAUUGCAAGUGGAAGGGACCCCAGUCCAAUUCCUAGUUGAUACUGGGGCACAGCACUCAGUUCUGGUCAAGCCCCAUGGAAAAGUAUCUGAAAAAUCAUCCUGGGUACAAGGGGCCACCGGAAUAAAGAAGUACCCCUGGACAACUCAGAGGACUGUGGACUUAGGAAAUGGGAAGGUAACCCACUCCUUCCUGGUCAUUCCUGACAACCCCUGCCCCCUGUUGGGAAGGGAUUUGCUUACCAAAAUGGGGGCCCAAAUUCAUUUCCAACCAGGGGGACCCACAGUGACUGACUUUCACAACCAACCCUUAUCUGUACUCACUGUGAGACUGGAAGAUGAAUACAGGCUCCAUCAGAAACCCACUCCUCUGGAUCAGGGUAUGGAGCCCUGGCUUCAAUGCUUCCCAGACGCGUGGGCAGAAACGGGUGGUAUGGGGCUGGCAAAACAUCGCCCAGCCCUAUUUAUAGAGGUCAAGCCCAGGACGGACCCUGUCCACAUGCGCCAAUACCCCAUGCCCGCGGAAGCCAAAAAUGGCAUCACACCGCAUAUCUGCCGCCUCCUUGACUUUGGGGUCCUACACACCUGCCACUCAGCAUGGAAUAACCCCCUGCUGCCCGUGCACAAACCCAACAGCGGGGAAUACAGACCAGUGCAGGACCUGAGAGAAGUCAAUAAGCAGGUCAUGGACAUAAACCCAACCGUUCCUAACCCCUAUACUCUCUUGAGCGCCCUCAGCCCAGAAAAACAAUGGUAUACUGUUCUGGAUCUAAAAGAUGCUUUUUUCAGCCUACCACUAGCGCCUAAAAGUCAAGAGCUAUUUGCAUUCGAGUGGACAGAUCCAGACAGGGGCAUAAAUGGCCAACUCACUUGGACCAGACUGCCACAAGGAUUCAAAAACUCUCCGACCCUGUUCGACGAGGCUCUACACGAAGAUUUAAGUGAGUACAGACAACAACACCCUAAUAUAACUCUCCUACAAUAUGUUGAUGAUCUCUUAAUAGCUGCCAAGACACCCGAAGCCUGCAUCCAGGGAACUGAAGGUCUCCUGUGUACUCUGCGAACCUUAGGCUACCGUGCCUCAGCAAAGGCGGCUCAGAUCUGCAAGUCAGAGGUAACUUACCUGGGUUACUUACUGAGAGGGGGGCAACGCUGGCUAACGGAUGCCCGGAAGGAGACUGUCCUUCGUAUUCCCAGACCGCAGACACCACGAGAGGUGAGGGAAUUCCUAGGGUCAGCUGGGUUCUGCAGACAGCAGACCUAUGGUUCUGCAGACCUAUGGAUGCCAGGGUUUGCUGAAUUAGCAAAGCCUUUAUACCAGGCAACAAAAGAUCAACAGCCCUUUAGUUGGACAGAAGAAGCCGAACAGGCCUUCCAACAAAUUAAAACUGCUCUGCUAUCAGCACCUGCCCUGGGACUCCCCGAUGUCUCCAAACCCUUCCACCUAUAUGUAGAUGAAAACCGAGGCAUAGCUAAGGUGGUGCUAACCCAGCAUUUGGGCCCUUGGUGCAGGCCAGUAGCCUAUCUGUCUAAAAAGCUAGAUCCAGUGGCCGCCGGAUGGCCACCCUGUCUCCAGAUGAUUGCAGCCACUGCCCUAAUGGUAAAAGACGCUGAUAAGCUGACCAUGGGCCAAGAGCUACAAGUCACCACCCCGCAUGCCAUCGAGGGCAUCCACAAGCAGCCGCCUGACCAAUGGCUGAGCAAUGCCCAACUCACUCAUUACCAGGGACUGCUGUUGAACCCCCUCAGGGUCAUCUUCACCCCCCCAACAGCCCUGAACCCAGCAUCACUGCUGCCAGACCCGGACAUGGGAACCCCACUUCAUGACUGAGCCGACAUACUGGCUCAAGUUUAUGGGGUCCGGGAGGACUUGCAGGACCAACCAUUAUCAGAUGCGGACGCCAUAUGGUUCACCAAUGGAAGCAGCUUUGUUCACCAGGGACAAAGGUAUGCAGGGGCGGCCGUAACUUCAGAAACCGAGGUGGUUUGGGCAGAAGCCCUACCCCCCAGAACCUCGGCCCAGAAGGCUGAACUAAUAGCCUUAACCCAGGCCCUAAAAUUAGGAAGAGACCGCAAGCUAACCAUGUACACUGAUAGCCGAUAUGCCUUUGCCACUGCUCAUGUACAUGGGGCGAUAUACAGAGAAUGGGGGCUCCUCACAGCUGAAGGGAAAGACAUCAAAAAUAAAGAAGAGAUUCUAGCCCUGCUAGCAGCCUUAUGGGAACCCAAAAAGCUAGCGAUUAUGCAUUGCCCAGGACACCAGAAGACAACCGACCCAGUUUCCCGGGGCAACAAUUUGGCCGAUCGGACUGCAAAAAACAUAGCUCGGCCCCCAGCGCAAUUACUGACCCUACAGCUGCCAGACCCUGGACCCCGGGAAUUGCCCCCCAAUAAACUAGGAUGGCAAGUUCUAGAGCGGAUCCAUUGCAGCACCCACUUAGGUUCCCGGCGAAUGUUGGACUUACUGAGACAGACUGGACUAAAAAUCAGAAAUGUCUCUGAUAAGGUCGAUCAAGUAGUCACUAAAUGUACAGUGUGCCAACUCAACAAUGCGAGUAGCAAUCCUCAGACAACAGGGGUAAGACGAAGAGGGAGCAGACCGGGGACCUAUUGGGAAGUAGAUUUCACUGAAGUAAAACCAGGAAAAUAUGGACAUAAGUAUUUGCUAGUUUUUGUAGAUACCUUUUCAGGAUGGACUGAAGCCUUUCCAACCAAGAAUGAAAUGGCACAGAAUGUAGCCAAAAAGAUCCUAGAAGAAAUCCUGCCCAGGUAUGGUUUUCCAGUAAUGAUAGGGUCAGACAAUGGACCUGCAUUCAUCUCUAAGGUAAGUCAGGGACUGGCUUCCAUACUUGGGGCUGAUUGGAAAUUACAUUGUGCAUACCGACCCCAAAGUUCAGGACAGGUAGAGAGAAUGAACAGAACAUUAGAGACCCUAACCAAAUUGACCAUGGAGACUGGUGCUAAUUGGGUAGUCCUUCUCCCUUACUCUCUGUUCAGGGUGCGUAACUCCCCAUACAAACUGGGACUCACACCCUAUGAAAUAAUGCAUGGUAGACCACCCCCCAUCAUCCCUAACCUAAAAGAUGACCUUGUCAAAACUGAGAACGAUAAUGGUCUUGAACUCUUGCUCUCCCUACAAGCCUUGCAGAGGGUCCAUGAAGAUGUAUGGCCCAAAUUAAAAGAACUUUAUGAAACUGGACCGCCUAUUCCUCAUCAAUUCCGACCCAGGGAUUGGGUCCUCGUCAAACGUCAUCGGCAGGAGACUCUGGAACCCAGGUGGAAAGGACCCUUCCAGGUCAUCCUGACAAUGCCUACGGCCAUCAAAGUAGACGGAAUCGCCGCCUGGAUCCAUUACACCCACACCAAACCGGUGGACCCGUUCUCAGACCUCAUUGGACCCUCAAAGACAACCUGGACUGUUGACCGGACUAAGGACAAUCCUUUAAAAUUGACCCUACACCACCAACGGACUGAGCCGUAA